AUGGGUCUCCUGAGGGAUAGCAUCCACUGUGAUAUUGAGGAGCAGGUGGCAAUGUUUCUUCAUGUGGAUUGUGUGGGUGCAAUUGAUGGCACUCAUAUCUUGGCUAGGGUCCCAGCCAUUUCAAGAGCUGCUUUUCUUGGAAGGAAACACACCACCACUCAGAAUGUACUUGCUGCUAUUGAUUUUGAUCUUAGAUUCACCUAUGUCCUAGCUGGUUGGGAAGGGUCAGCCCAUGACGCUCUAAUCUUGGCUGAUGCCCUUCAAAGGGAAGAUGGCCUCAAACUCCCACAAGGCAAGUUCUUCUUGGUAGAUGCUGGAUAUGCAGUGAGGCCUGGUUUCCUUCCUCCAUACAGAGGUACAAGGCAUGGAAUGGAUGAACACUUUCCUACAGAAGAAGAAUGGAAUCCAAAUCCUAGUAAUCCUGCUGUUGGAGAUGACACCUUGAUGGAUAAUGCAGCUUGGGUGUACUUUAUUGUCCCUGAGUUCACUGUUAGGCAUUUCCAAUUAACUGUAGUAGGUAUGGCUGACCUGGGUGAUGAAGUUCAAGAGAUCAAUGGUGCUGAGGAAGGCAAUGCUGGGAAUGGCAAUGGGGCAAAUGUGAAUGGUGCUCAUGCCAGGUUGCAGUGGACCCAUGCCAUGUCUGGCUUUGUGCUUCGUCGGUUCACAGAGCUAGUCUCUGAAGGUGUAAAGACAGACAAGGGUUUCAAGGAUGUCCACCUCAAUAAGGUUGCAACUGAUCUGUCUGAGUUCCUGGGCAUGGAAAUUAGUGGGACUCAAGUCUACAAUCAUUUGAGGAAGUGGAGGGCUAGAUGGGACCAUCCCAAAGAUGCAGAAUUCCUGAAUGUUCCCCUUGCCUACUACCCACAGAUGCUUGCCAUCUUUGCAAGUGGAGUGGCUACUGGAAGAUUUGCAAUGGGCAGCAAUGAACCACUUGGAGUACCUACACCUGCAGAUGCAAUUGAUUUGGAGGCUGAUGCAACCCCUGCAGUGACACAUGAAGGGCAGAACACAGCAACUGACCGAAGGAGCAAGGCAGAGGGUGGGCAGAGCCUUGGCAAAAGAAAGAGGGGCCUUUCUGAGGAGGAGUGUUCAUACAUGACAGGUUUAACCGAAGCUGUUUGGGGUUUUGUUGAGGCUGUGAAGGAGACAGCUCACUCAGAAGGAGCACCUGGGAUUGUCAAGGCAGUAAUGAGUUGCAACAACUUCUCCAAGGGACAGCUGAUGUUCUGCCUGGACCAUCUCAUGGAGCACAAGAGGACUGCUUUAGGUUUCCUGGACAUGGAUGCAGAUGAGAAGGAUAUGUGGCUGGUGUCUCAUCUGACCAAGCACAUCUUCUAUGGCUAA